CGUUCAUCCCCUCACGAUUUCAGGGCGACCGACUCUGCGUGGUUCUACGGAGCAGCGAAGCGAGAGAAAAGGCAGCCGAGAGGGGAGAAGGAAGCGGAGGCAACGAUGUCGUGGCAAGCGUACGUCGAUGAGCACCUGAUGUGCGAUAUUGACGGCAACCACCUCACCGCCGCCGCGAUCAUCGGCCAAGAUGGCAGCGUCUGGGCUCAGAGCGACGCCUUCCCGCAGUUUAAGCCGGAAGAGAUUGCUGGUAUUAUGAAUGAUUUCGCAGAGCCUGGGACUCUUGCACCAACUGGACUGUACCUUGGAUCUACCAAAUACAUGGUGAUCCAAGGCGAGCCUGGAGCCGUCAUCAGAGGGAAGAAGGGUUCUGGUGGAGUUACUGUGAAGAAAACGAACCAGGCUUUGAUAAUUGGGAUCUACGAUGAACCGAUGACCCCUGGACAGUGCAACAUGAUCGUUGAGAGGCUUGGUGACUACCUCAUCGAUCAGGGUCUGUAGCAAUUUUUAUUGGGUGUGAACUUUCUUCUCUCGGGGUGGUGAUCUUUUCUUGUACAACAAGUUUGCAUCUUCCCAACAGUGGAGUUAGUUUCCAAUGAAUAAUUAUCGUGGGCUUAUAGAGUUGUGGGGGGACAUGAUUAUUUUUCUUUACUUAUAUUUCAUAGUGUGAAGGGUGGUAUGAUCUGGGUCCUGCUACAUGCUCUCUGCAGGUUAUCUUGUUUGUGAAACUCGAUAUUGUUUUGCGGAAAAUGUUUUAGAAGCUUUUCAUUAUUCA